AUCUUGGAGUCUCUCAAUGGUGAUACCAAAAAAUAUAUUAUGGAAUGGGUAGAUACUGUUCGAGAAAAGUAUAUUUCAGAUAAUGACCUUGGCAACGAUGAUAAUGAUAAUCCAAUCUACUAUGGGGAUCCUCUUCUUAUAAUCGAAUGGGAUGAAACAGGACUAGUUCAAUAA